AUGUCGUUUGCCGUUCGGGUUUACCGGAUGUGGAGGAUUUUGAUCAAGCACGACGACCACAUGUGGCCCGCAAAAUACCAGGUAUUGCUGAUGUCAAGUAUCAGCCUGGGCCCUCUGCUGGCGGCCAUUCUUGUCCCAGAUCUCCAUUUCUUCGACGAGACUGUCAAUUCUUGCAACACAACGACGGAUUCGAGGAACGUGGUCCUGGCGAUGAACGCCCUGGGGUUCUACGUCAUCUGCUAUCUUUGGUUUGUUUGCGCCCGUCAGCUGAGGUGGGUCCGGAAGCAGUUCAACGAGUACGAGGCCAUGAAGUGGACCCUGUCUUGCCUGACUUUGCUCCUGUUCAGCUACGCGGCCGUGGUGGCCAUAAUCCUCAACAACCGACAUGUUUACGUCAGAAGAGUGGCCAUUGUGUACCCUGUGCUGACGACGUACACGCUGCUGUGGGGCUCUAUAGGGGAGCCAAUCAAGAGGAAGCUCGGGGGAGACACGGAGUACCUGAACUCGUUCACUAAGGGCUUCUCAGAAAUGCCAUCGCCCGCGCAGGUUCGGAAACUGCCGCCCGCAGCUCGUGACUCCAGCAAUGAUCUUGUUUUGCUCAAGGCUAGCUUGGCGGAGCAACUGUCCGUACAGCAACUUCGCGUCGAGUUUCGGAGGUACGUCGAGACUAUGGUGGCCCAAGAGCUGGUGGACUUUUACCUCGACUCGCUAGACAGGGAGGAGAUCAAGGGCUAUUUCGCCAGACAGGCGGCGACGAUGCGCAUUGUGGAACAGUACAUCAGGGAAGGGGGUCCUGAUCAGGUGAACAUUUCGGGGGAGUGCCGGGAGGAGAUUUUGUCGACAGACGUUACGGCCUACGACAUCUUCGACCGCGCCAGAGCAGAGGUUCUGGCCGUUAUGGAGACCAACUUCCAGAGGGAUUUCGUAGAGACGGAGGGGUUCCGUCGAAUCGUUGACGCGUCCGAGCUGGAGCAGCGAGAGAUGCGCCUCCUGCGGGCGGAGGGCGUCUUGGUCCCGAGCGCGUCAACGACCCCGGUUCGGCUGGCGGCGCCCCGCUCCAUUUUCUCUCCACGGGGUCGCCUGGUGGACUCGUUGAGAUGCUUGCCCUUGGUGGGGAGAUUGUUUUCUUCUUCGUCGCCCUCAGCCGUAGCACACGCUGUAUCUAGGUCGACUACUCCGGGUGGUGCAGGAAGUGGCGAGGUCGCCGCUAGAAGAAAUAUUGUAGGUCAUCUUGAGGAGGAGUUUGGGGAUGCAUGACGCUGUCGAUGUCCGAGUCGACAGUGGCUGCGCUCAGUCCACUCAGGAUCUCGGCGCCUCCUUCCGGUGUGGCUAGUUCGUUCGAAAGAAGGUUGCGAAGAGGAAGGGACGGCGAUAUCUGGGCAUUGAGACUCACGGCACCGGCAGGAGCUGUAUGGGGGGGGCGGUACAAGCUCGUACCACAUAUAUUUUGGGAGACUUCCGUUCUACCGCAGGUCGAAUGGGAGGUAUCCCUGCUACCGCUGAUGAUGCCGCAACAAGGGUUUUCGAUCGUUACUCAGCACAAGACAAAUCUGCUGCGACCGUCCCUCAAAAGACGGAGGGUAGGCAACGGGAGUAGAAGGCUUAAUGGAGGGGUGAUCGGCAGGUAUACCGAUCGCGAAACAAUAAUAAGAGCGAGGCAGGGAGAGAUGGGCACAGAGGAGCCACAUACCACAUAGAUAGGACAAUCGUAAUGCCGCGCUACACAUGGGCGUGGACGACGAGGCAAGACUAGCGGGAAAACAAACGUAGAGUCGAAGACCAAUGGACCAGCGGGAUCUUAAUAGACGGUAGAUCAAUGUGGAUGUUGUCUACGCUGGGGGUUGGGCCGAUACACUGAAUAGUCCACACACACCGGGACAAGUGUUGAAAGAAAGUUGUUACACUAGCAAGGUGCCGGUGCAUCCGAGGCGACUCGAUAGCGCAUGUGUCAAUUGAAGGUGUGGAGUUGGUUUUAUUCGGGAAAUUGUGCUGUAAGUUUUGUGUUGUUUUGUGUAUCGUGUUGAUAUUUGCUGACAUCUUGACGGCAGCCCUGCGUUAGGUUCCCCCCGUUUGUAGGCAUGAAACCAUACCUCAUGGUAGAACUAUAUGUAUUGGGUGGUGUUUCGUGUAGAACAGAGGUACUGUGGAGAACAGAGGUUCUGUGGAGAACAGAGGCACUGUAUAUGCGUUGGGGCGGGGUUCGUGAUGAUUUUGGCAAACUUUAAAGGAGUUGAAGCCGUGGUAGCUUGCUCCUAGAG